AUGUCUCAAUUACCAAUUGUGGGAACAUAUGGAAAUGAAGAACCAGCUGAUCUAUUUCAAAGAGAUAAUGAAGAAUUACAUUCAGUUAAUAGUGAUCACGAGAUCAUAGAGACAAGUUAUAAAAAUGAAUUGAAGAUUAUGGGAAAGUCAACAUUGCCAUUAGUAUUCACUACAAUGUUACAAUAUUCAAUGACCACUGUGUCAGUGCUAGUAGUGGGACAUAUUGGUGAAAAGGAAUUAGCAGCUGUAUCUUUAGCAAAUGUCACAUUCGUUUUGGCUUCUUCAACAUUUAUCGGUAUGUCAACUUGUUUAGAUACUCUAUGUCCACAAGCUUUUGGUGCUGGGAAAUAUCAUCUAGUUGGGUCUUACUUGCAAAGAUGUGUUGCAAUCUGCUUCUUAAUAGCUCUACCAUUAAUGGUAUUAUUCUAUCAUAGUAAUGCAAUUCUGAAAUAUAUUGUUCCUGAGCCAGUGAUUGGAGAAAUGGCACAAUCCUAUCUAAGAACUAUAUCAGUCGGUCUUCCAGGUUACAUCCUUUUUGAAAAUAGUAAAAGAUUUUUACAAGCUCAAGGAAAUUUUCAUGGUGGUCAAUACGUGCUGUUUAUUUGUGCUCCAUUAAAUAUUUUAUUCAAUUAUCUGUUCGUUUUCAGCUUUGAUUUUGGUCUUCAAGGUUCUGCUGCUGCUGUUGCGUUGAAUUAUUGGCUUAUGACAAUACUUCUGUUUUCAUAUGUUGCAUUCAUUGAUGGUAAAAAAUGUUGGAAUGGGUUUGUAAUUAGUGAAAUUACAAAAGGAUGGGGAGAAAUGCUGAAAUUGGCACUACCAAGUAUUAUUAUGAUCCAAGCAGAAUUUUUAGCGUUUGAAAUUAUCACACUGUCAUGCUCAUUCUUUGGAACAACAUCAUUAGCUGCCCAGUCUGUUGUUGCAACUGCUGCAUCAUUGGCAUUCCAAAUCCCAUUUUCAGCUAGUAUAGCAGCAACAACCAGAAUUGGUAAUCUUAUAGGUUCAAACUCCAUUUAUGCCGCUAAAAUUGCCGUUGAUGUUACAUUGUACUCAUCUUUCAUAACGGGUCUCUUCAAUUUCAUAAUUAUAUUUUUCUUUAAACAAAAAAUUUCCAACAUAUUUACGUCUGAUUCAGCAGUUGCAGCUAGAGCAGCAUCAGUUUUCACAGUUGUUGCAUUCAAUCAAUUUCCGGAUUGUUUAAAUAUUCAUUCUGCAGGAUGCUUACGUGCUCAAGGUCGCCAAAAGAUUGGUGGAUAUCUAAACUUGUUCUCAUACUAUGUGGUCUCAAUACCUCUUGCAAUGCUUUUUGGCUUCAUCUUUAAAUGGGAAGUGGAAGGUCUAUGGGGAGGUUUAAUGUGUGGUGUUAUCACUUUAGCUGGACUCUCAUAUUACUACGUCCGUGGAUCUGACUGGGAUCAAAUAGUAUUAAAGUCUAGAGAAAGGCAUACUGUCAUUGUAUAA